AUGCUUCUCGCGAGAUAUCUUCGGCAGCUGCUGCAGGGAGAAAUUAAUAGCGAGCUACAUCGUCAGACGUUCUCACUUGCGGCAUUUCUUUUCAGGUCGACCCCUCCGGGGAUUCCACCUUACGUUUCUUUUCCACUAAUUCCCAAACAUUUCGUCCAUCAUCGUCAAGCUCAUCUCUUUCUCAUGCUCUUCUUCUUCUUCUUCUUCUUCUUCUUCUUCUUCUUCUUCUUCUUCUUCUUCCCUUCUAUAAGAGAAAUUACAGCAAUUGCCACCCGCAUUGACAUCAGAUACUUCGAAGAAGAUCAGGAGUCAUCACCCGCUUUUCCGACAUUUCUUUCUCCUCGCUUAUUUGAUAUUAACCAACGUUAUCUAUCUAUCUAUCUAUCUAUCUAUCUAUCUAUCUUUCUCAUGUUAUCUAUCUAUCUAUCUAUCUAUCUACCUUCAUCUAUCUAUCUAUCUAUCUAUCUUCUCUUCACUAAUGAAAUCGAUCGAGUAUUAUUCAGUGAAAUUUCUAUCUAUCUAUCUAUCUAUCUAUCUAUCUAUCUAUCUAUCUAUCUAUCUGUGUGUGGGCGUGCGCACACGAGCGACCGUGUGUGCAACUUGGAUAUUCUGUAA